UUCUGCUUGAGAUUUCAAGGAUUUUGAAUACUGGUUUAGAUAUGGAAACACUGUCUAUUUGUGUACGGCUUUGUGAACAAGGAAUCAAUCCAGAGGCUUUAUCAUCCGUUAUUAAGGAGCUUCGAAAGGGUACUGAAGCACUAAAGAUCCUAGCCUUUAAUAUAGACACGUGUAACAGCUGUAAGUGUAACGCUAGGUGAUGAGGAACGACAAAAAUGCUGGUCAAGGGUCAUAGGAGUCAUGAAAGGUACAAAGCUUAAUGUUUUUCUAGUUUUAACUCUGUCGUGCCAUUUUCUUGCCCCCCAAUCCUAAAUGAAAUGACAUUCUAACUGUAUCAUUGAGAUGUUUGGGACUAGGAGUGCAAGUGUGAAGUCUUUUUUUUUUUUUCUGAAUUCAUUACAAUACAAUGAUUUUAAGAAAUAGUACAAUUGUACAUGCUCUCUAUUAUUUAAGAUGAUAUAAAUAAAUUUUGUUUGUAAUCUAGCAGUGAAUUCAAAGGAUAAUCUUGAUAAUACAACAAAAAUAAAAAUGACUGUAUUUUCCCAAUAAUUCAGUUAUGUUGGGUAACAGCUAGCUGUUUGUUCAGUGUAGUAUAGAACUGACAGAUUUACCUCCACAGUGUGUCUUCACCAUGACUUCUGAAAUCACAAGUCU